GCCCGGAGCGGAGUGUCCCUGGGCAGGCCGGCGAGCGAAGGAGAGAGCCGGGGAUACCGGCGCUUGGUUGCUGGUGACGCCUCGCAGGCCCUCGUCCCCAGCAUGGAGGCGGUGCUGGGCGCCUUCUUGCAGCUCCUGAGCUUCUGGUUCGCCCUGGCGUUCCUGCUCAUCGUGCUGCCCUCCGUCUUCGGCUUGUCGCUGGGCAUCUCGGAGUUCUACCUCCAGGUGCUGGUCAAGAUCCUCGAGUGGGCCACACUCCGAAUUCAGAAGGGAAUCCGAAGAGAACAGAAACAGAGAUCCUAUACUUCAAGUGUUAUCAUACAGAGAGAGCAAACCACCAUGGAGAAGGAGAUGGCGGGCAAUGGCUGCAGAGACUUUGAGCUCUCGGAUGUCUUUUAUUUUUCUAAGAAGGGCAUUGAAGCCAUUGUAGAAGAUGAAGUCACCCAAAGAUUCACUUCGGAGGAGCUGGUUUCCUGGAACCUCCUCACCAGGACCAAUGUCAACUUCCAUUACAUCAGCUUACGGCUGACGAUUAUGUGGGUUAUCGGAGUCUUUAUGCGUUACUGUUUAUUGCUUCCUCUUCGAAUUACCUUGGCAGCCAUUGGGAUCACGUCCAUGAUUGUGGGGACUACCUUGGUAGGACAGUUGCCAAAUGGACAAACCAAAGACUGGCUGAGUGAUCUUGUCCAUCUCACCUGCUGCCGAAUCCUUGUCCGGGCCCUCUCAGGAAGUAUUCGUUAUCACAACAGGGAGAACCGACCCCAAAAAGGUGGAAUUUGUGUAGCAAAUCACACAUCUCCGAUAGAUGUUAUAAUCUUGACAAAUGAUGGCUGUUACGCAAUGGUUGGACAGGCUCAUGGUGGUUUGAUGGGUGUCAUUCAAAGAGCCACAGUUAAGGCCUCUCCUCACGUCUGGUUUGAGCGUUCGGAAAUGAAAGAUCGCCAUCUGGUGACAAAAAGGCACCUGCAUAAACAACACCUCCGUUAUGAUGUUCAAAAAGGGGAGCUUUGAAAUAGGUGCCACCAUCUAUCCGGUAGCAAUCAAG